CCCUCGGACUUCAUACAGCUGGGACAAACAUGCAGAAGCUGGCAUUCUAUCUCGCCCUGUUUUUAUCACUAGAGGCUGGUCAUGUGAUCACUGAAAUGGUGCUAAAGAACCAAAAUAAUGCCAGAGCUUGCAUGCACUCCUGUUACCCUCACGAUUGCUCUGAUGUUUUAACUGAACAGGGCCUGAAGUCAGAUGGGGUAUAUUUAAUAUACCCCUAUGGGCCUUACUCAGCUGGAGUUCCUGUCUAUUGUGAUAUGAGCAGCCAAGGGGGACCAUGGACAGUAUUUCAGAAACGCUUUGAUGGAUCAGUUAACUUUUACCGUGGUUGGGAAGAAUAUAAAUCUGGAUUUGGCCGUGCCGAUGGGGAGUACUGGCUGGGUUUGAAGACUAUUCAACUUCUCACCCAGAAAAAAAAAUACCGUCUCCGAAUCAACCUGGAGGACUUCAAGGAUGAAAAAAGGUUUGUUACUUAUGAGGACUUUUCUUUGUCACUUCUUGCGAUCAAUCCUGAGGAAGACCGAUACAAACUGCAUAUUAAAGGAUUCCAGGAGGGAGAUGAACUUAAUCCUACAGGAGAUUCUCUAUCGUUUCAUAACGGUAUGAAGUUUUCAACCUAUGACCAUGACGAGGACGAACAUCCUUCAGUUAACUGUGCGCUGAGCGCCAGUGGAGCAUUUUGGUACAAAAACUGCCACGGUGCCAACCUGAAUGGGAAAUACCUAAAUGGCAGCACUGAGGAGUACGCUACUGGCCUGAUUUGGAGCAGUUGGAAAGGACAUUACUACUCUCUGAAGAGAAGUGAGAUGAAGAUUGCUCCGUCUGUGUGAUUGUCUUGUCCUGCUUGUCCAGUACCCGUGUCCCUGUACAAUGGAUGGGACUCAAAACAUAAAUAUACCUUUAUUCUGUCA